AUGGCCACUCGCCCGACCGGCCCGCACUGUGGCCACUCCGUAAACGACAGCACCACUGGCGUCUCACUGGGGGCCAGUCUGGAAGAGGGAGACCACCGAGACAUUUCGGACAGAAGGGAUGGGAUACAGGCGUUGCUUACACAGAGGACGGAUGAGCCGAGAUGCAGAAAGGCCAGGCUCCCGUCCGGUGAGUUCCUAUUGGCCAACGGGAGGCCCCAGUCGGAGAGCGCCCCGGGACAGGCCCCUGUGCCUCCGGCUUUGCGGAGUGACGCAGGCCCCGGGCUACAGCAACCCUACCAGCCCCUCCAGCUUACAGGUGGCAGUGGCUCUUUGCAGCUGCGAUUUCUUUCUCGGAGCGUCCUCCCCAUCCGGUACGGCCUCUGCCUCCACCAUCGUCUCUGUAACCCGUUCCCUGUGGGAGAGUCCCUGUUGCAGCGUUCAGAGGUUUCGGUUUUCCGGCUGAACUUAACGCGAGGGAAGGCGCUGACGGCAAGGUGGCAGGUGACCAGCCCAGCAGGCCGCCCAGGCCUCCCCUACCUACAGACAGAAGCGCCGAGGCCUGCGGAGGGGAGAGGCAGGUGGGUGUGGGGGAUCGGGGGCAGCCCUGGAGUCCAGACAGGCCUUGUUUUGUCCCAGGAAGAAAAUUCCAACACAGACCACAACACCGAUGGACCUGGAAAACACUGUGCUCAGUGAAAGAAGUCAGACACACAAGGACAAUGUUGUAUGAGGUACCUGGGAUGGGCAGAUUCUGAGAGACGGAAAAUAGAAUAGAGGUUACCUGGAGAGAGGGGGUAAUUGUUGAAUGAAGACAGAGUUUGUGUCGGGGAUGAUAGAAAAGUUUUGGAUACAGAGAGUGAUGACAAGUA